AAAAACAAAUGACCCGGAAGUUAAUGUGAAGUGGGUCAAUAGAUUAUUGCAUUGCUCUAAAGGAGCCAUGUUUUAGGGCGUAAAAGAAAACUUUUAAACAUGGCUUCGGGGUUUGCUCAGCACUAUGUGGAAUGUACAACAUGCGAUAGCAAUGCUGAGUACCAUUGCAACACAUGUCAAUUUGACUUGUGUCAGGCCUGCAAAGAAACCCAUCAGCGAAAGAAGAAAACGGAAAACCAUGAGGUCGUUCUGUAUAAAGAAAGAGAAGAAAAAGUACAAGAAAGGUGCUGCACGCACAGCGACAAAAUAUAUGACGCCUGCUGCAAAGAAUGCGAAAUACCUGUAUGUAUAAAAUGUAUAAUGGAAAGCCAUUCAUGUCACGCCAUUGUGGAAAUCGAAGUCAUGUUCAAUGAGAAACUUGAAAUGUUUACCAAACAAAUACAAGAGUUGAAAGAAAAAAUAAUUCCACAGUGCGAAGAUAUUCAAAAGAAUAUAAGCCAAAAAAUGGAAAACUGCAGAAAAUCACUUUCACAAAUUCGAUCAGAUUUGUUAGCUACCGCUCAAUCCAUCAAAGACCUGGUGGACCUGAUACUUAAAGAGAAAACAGAAAAUUUAAGUAAAAUUGAAGACAGUCUUAUGAAGGAAUUGCAAUCUCAUGAAAAAGAGAUGAAGACAUACACCGACGACCUUAAUUCUAUUAUCGAAGAUGUCGAAGUUCUAAGGAGAACAGGCAAAAAGGCCGAGUUUAUAAUCAAACAUAAAGAAAAAUUACUAAUACACCACUUAGAGUCGCUCGGUGAUAUGUUUUAUACCCCGACUCCAUCAUUUACGUCGUGUUCUGUAUCCAAGGAGCAGAUUGAGAAAUUAUUUGGGGAUGUUGUUGAAAAGCCAAAAAUUCCUUUACCCGGUACAUCUGAUCUGCAUCGCCUUGUUGAAAAAGCGAGAUUUUUUCCUCCUUAUUUUGAAAUAGCGAUGACUUUCGAAGAAAUCGGUCACAUUGACGUGUCUGGUGUUAAUAAAAUACACCAUAUUGUUUUCCAAGAUGAAAAUACAUUCUGGGUCAAUGAUGGGUCUGAAUGUCUAAGACAGACAGACAUGCAAGGACAAAUAUUACACACGAUCAAAACUGCUUCUAAUGGAGACGGCAUUCAUACAUUCACAGAACAUGGUAUUCUAUAUAUUGCACCAAAUAAACGUGAUAUACACUUAUCAGGCCGGGAGGGAAAAGUAAGAGAUCUCAUUACUAUUAAUGAUUGGGAUUUAAAAAGUGUCUACAAAAGUCGUUUGAAUGGCGAUAUCUUUGUUGGGAUGAGGAAAGAAUCUACAGAUGCUCGAGUCACGAGGUACAAUGAAAACGGUGAAAUUCUUCAACAUAUCCAAUACACUAAACAGCAUAUAGGAUCCAAUCCAAAUCCACACUUUAUAACAGAAAACAGGAAUGGCGAUGUAAUAGUGACAAGUAAUGGAAACAAAAAGGUUGUAGUUGUGAUGGACAGAUCGGGAAGAUACAGAUUUAGCUAUACAGGAAAUCCAGGAAACUCGAUUGCAAAUCCCUGGGGAGUAGUGACGGAUAUUCUAAAGAACAUUCUUAUUUGCGACAGUGAUAACAAAAGGAUCCAGAUUAUCAACGAAGAUGGCAUGUUUCUCGCAUACAUAAAUGUGCCUAAUGCGUACGGUUUUCUUAGCGCUGUGGAUGUUGAUGACAUGCAUUACGUUUGGGUGGGAUUUUCGAGUUCUGGUACAAUAAGAAAAUUUCGAUAUCUUCAAGAAUGAGAUUAAGUCUUUUCAUUCCAAAAGUCUUCAUGCAGUUUUGAUACUUAGAGCUAAGUUUGAUUUGAUGUUGGGUUUUUUUUCAAAUCAUUAAAGAUAAAAUUCCAUAUACUGAGAAGGACUCUCUAAAAAUUGAAAUGCAUGGCAUCUGAUCCCAUCUCUGAUGUUUUGGAGGUCCAUGUUCAAGCUUAAAAGUCCAUAAAAUGAUGCAAAAUAGGAGCAGAGAAAAUACUGUUCGUUAUCUCCAUAUACUUAUGCACUAGUGUGAUGUCAAAGUGAUUUUGUUUCCUUACAUAACGAAGCGAAAAUAAACUGCCAGGAUUUUUUCAUUAUUUUUUUUUUAAAUCAACAUGGUUUUGUGCGUUACUCUCAAAACUUUAUAUUUAAGAUUUCUCCACACCCAGUAAUAUGAGAUGUCCAUCGAGAAAAAAUACUUUUACUUCGAUUUAUAAAGAUUGUGCACUGCCGAUUCGCCAUAUGAGUGAAAUAUUCUCGAGAGGGACGUUAAAAAAUAAUAAAAAAAAAAAAAAACAGAAAAAAAAUAAGAUAAUGGAAAUUUAUCUAACAGAAAAUUAUAAAACAAAAUAAAAACAGACACCUAUAGAAUAAAAAGGUACAUACAUGUAAUACAAAUUAUGGAAUACACAAUACGAUCGAUAUAAACAAAUUAUGAAAAACGUAUUUGAAAGAGAUUACAUCAGUUAAAUUAUUGGGUAGAGUGUCAUUUGGAUGGGAAGAAUCACCCUAAAGUUGGCAAUUUACCAGGGUUUUACAAAGACAGUCAUAGUAAAGUAUCAGUUAUUGCUCCUUCUCUGUAAGAAGUUUGUAUCACUGUGCAUAAUGCAUUUCCUACAAGGGGCUACUGUAUAUUUUCCUUAAUCCACCUAUUCUAGAAAAAGUUGUAAAAUACAAUUUAAAAUGAGAAAUGAUAUUAAUAAACUCUGAUUUAAUUGUUUCCUCAUUUUAUGACCAAAAGUUGUAUAUAAUCCUUUUUUUUCAUUUUGAAAGAUUUUUUUUUCAUCUUUAAGGAUAGAUGAUACAAACCAGAAAAGGAUGCCUGGGUUGGUAUAUAUUUUGUGGAA